AUGAGGGCUGCCCCUGGCCACUGGCUGUCCCUGGCCACACUCCUGCUCUGCCUCCUCCUGCAGCAGCUGGGCAGCAGCAGGGCAUGGAAGCAGCACGCCCCACGCCUCCGCCUCACCUACAAAGACCUGCUGAAAUCCAACAGCUCUCGCCUGCUGCUGGCCUCAGGGGAUGGGAUGGAUUUCCAAGCCCUCUUGGUGGAUGAAGACAGGGCCUGGCUGAUGGUGGGAGCAAAAAACCAUAUCUUCCUUCUCCACCUGGACCAUCCCAGCAGAGAGCCUGAGAAGAUUUUCUGGCCAGCCCCCAGGGAGCAGGUCGAGCACUGCCAGCUGGCAGGGAAGAACGUGGAGACCGAGUGUGCCAACUUCAUCCGCCUCCUGCAGCCCUUCAACCAGAGCCAUGUGUUCGCCUGUGGCACCGGCUCCUACCAGCCCGUCUGUGCCUUCAUCCAGCUGGGAGCCAGGGGGAAGGGUGCCCGGGCUCCCCGCAUGCAGCUGGUGACCCACUCCUUGGAAUCGGGGCGAGGACGGUGCCCCUACAGCCCCCAUGAGCCCUUCACGGGACUCCUCAUCGGUGGGGAGCUGUAUUCAGGCACCUCCAGUGACUUCAUGGGCAGCAGCGCUGCCUUCUUCCGGACCUGGGUCCAUGGGGCUGAGCAGAGCUACAUCCGCACGGAGCAGAACCAGGACAACUGGCUACACGAGCCCACAUUUGUUGGAGCCUACACCAUUCCUGAUACAUACAACCCCCACGAUGAUAAAGUCUACAUCUUCUUCCGUGAGAUGGCCAUGGAUGCUGGGCAGUGGGAGCAGCGGCACAUCCACGCCAGGGUGGCCAGGGUCUGCAAGAACGAUGUUGGAGGGAAGCGCGGCCUCAUCAACCGCUGGAGCACGUUCCUGAAGGCCCGCCUGGUGUGCUCCAUCCCCGGGCCUCAGGGCACCGAGACCCACUUUGACCAGCUGGAGGAUGUUUUCCUCCUGCGCACCCGGGACCCCCAGAACCCCCUUGUCUUUGGGCUCUUCACGGUCUCCAGUGGCGUCUUCAGUGGCUCUGCCGUCUGCAUCUACUCCAUGGCUGCCGUGAGAGCCGCCUUCAGCGGCCCCUUCGCACACAAGGAGGGAUUCGACUACCGCUGGGUGGAAUACAAGGGCCGUGUCCCCUACCCCCGCCCCGGCACGUGCCCCAGUGAGACGUACGACCCCCUCCUGCAGUCCACCAAGGACUUCCCCGACGAGCUGAUCAGCUUCAUGCGCAGCCACCAGCUGAUGUGGGAGCCCGUGUACCCGCAGGGCCGGCAGCCCGUGCUGGUCCGGGUCAAUGUGCCGUACCGGCUGCGGCGGCUGCUGGUGCACCGGCUGGACACGGAGAGCCGCGACUACGACGUGCUCUUCCUCGGCACAGAUGACGGCAAAGUCCUGAAGGUGGCCCUGGCCGGCGGGGUGAGCCGCGGCCCCGAGGUGAUCAGCCUGGAGGAGAUCAGCGUCACUAAGGUACCAUCUCCCAUCCUGGACAUGAAGUUAUCACCAAAGCGGCAGGAGCUGUUUGUGAGCAGCACCCACGGGCUGCACCAGCUCUCCCUGUACCGCUGCGAGCUCUACGGCAAAACCUGCACCGACUGCUGCCUGGCCAGGGAUCCCUACUGCACCUGGGACAGCAAGACCUGCGCCCCACACCUGCUCACCGAGAAGAGGCGUGCCCGCUGCCAGGACGUGCUGAAGGCUGACCCGCUCAGCCAGUGCCAGGACACGGCAGAGGGGACAGCCGCGGUGGAGAAGGUGGUUUUUGGGGUGGAGAAGAACUCGACCUUCCUCGAGUGCCUGGCGCGCUCCCCGCAGAUCACGAUGCGCUGGCUGGUGCGGCGCGGCGAGGAGACGGCCCCGAGCGAGGUCAGGAACAACGGACAUUUCUUGGUGCUGGAGCAAGGGCUGCUGAUCCGCCAGCUGUCGAGGGAGGACGUGGGCACCUACGAGUGCCUGGCGGUGGAGCGCUCCUUCUCCCGGCUCCUCACCCGGUACAGCCUCCGCCUCAUCAGGCAUGAGGCCGCGGCGCUGCCCCCGUACAAACGGAGCAAGGGCGUUGAGCCGGGAGGGACCCAGCAGAGCCCCCGGCCCCGGACUGACCUGCAGCCGGGCUCCAAGGGCUUCCCGCGGGCCCUGGGGGCCCCGGGCACCAGCCUGGACGCCUACUGCAACGCCCUGCGGCUGCAGGAGCGGCAGCGGCAGCGGGCCUGGCACAAGUGGCAGCACCAGGCCCCGGACAGCAAGAACGGCCGGGUGCGGAGGCACCCGCAGGGCCUGUGA